AUGUCUUCCGGUUCAGUGUCAAGAGAGCUAGGAGAUGUGUCUUACGAAGACUUCGACCCAGUAGCUCCUAGGUAUAGACCACAAAGGAUAAACGCUCUCUGUCGACUCACCAAUUUUUCCAAAUCCGAAAUCAAACUCAUGUAUCAAGGCUUCAAACAAGUAUGUCCCACGGGAGUAGUCAACGAAAACACCUUCAAGGACAUUUUCAAUUCCUACUUUCCCCAAGGCGAUGCCUCCCUCUACGCUCACUAUGUGUUCAAAGCUUGUGAUCAGCAGAACAAUGGUACAAUUAACUUUCAGGAGUUCCUGACCGGUUUGUCUAUGAUGACGAGAGGUCCUACGGUGGAUAAGUUAAAGUGGACUUUUAAACUGUACGAUAUAAACGGCGAUGGUCGAAUCACCAGGGAAGAAAUGAGAGAGAUCAUUUCCUCUGUUUAUCUCAUGUUGGGAAAGUAUACAGAACCCAUGGUAAACGAAGAUACUGCUACCGAACAUGCGGACAAAGUCUUUAGGCGGUUGGACCAAAACCAGGAUGGUUACGUCACAUUCGAUGAGUUUUUGGAAAUUUGUCAAAAGGACGAAAACAUCAUUAGUUCCUUGCAAUUACUGGACACGGUUCUGUGACAACCAAUGUUGCCGUUAACGGCGUGAAAACACAAAGGAAGUCGACAGUCAUGUUUUUCGCACAAUGACUCUCUGCCUUCGGGGACGAAUGGAGGCUUGCACUGCGUUGCCAUUGUAAACAUCCAAAAGUGCGUUUAUUGUGAAUCCAAAUGACGUCAUCGGACCACCAGAGUGCUGUGUAGGAGCACUGGGAAUAUGAAUGAGCUUUUGAUACGUCCUCAAUCCUGUCAUUAUAUUAGAUUCAUGUAUAUGUAUAUGCUGAAACAUGAUUAUAUAUACAUAUAUAUAAAUAUACUAUAUAUCUACAUUAAAACUUUCUACACAUAGAAA